GUUGCCAUACCACAUUAGCACAGCAAUUUUAGUGUUUCUUGAUAUCAAGGCCGCCUUCUAUUCGUUGGACAGAACUGUUCUCUGGGAUUGUCUGUUGAAGAAGGGUGUGCCUGAAAAGUUUAUUAACACCUUCAAGGCCCUUUUUUUCUUCUCUCUUAUACGCACGUUACAUCCUUUUCUCAUUUUCAUUGUUAUUGUGGCGCAUAUAUAUAUAUAUAUAUAUCUGGUGCCUCCUUGUACCAAUGUUUGUGUUGAAAUAAAUUAAUAAUCUAGUUUACCUGCUCUUGUCUGAAGUUUUAACUUUCACUGGUAUGUCAUCCUGGUUGAUAUGCUAAUAAAGUAGUUUUUCGUCUUUGUUCAUUUUCUUGGACUGGUUAUGUAUCCGAAGGUUAGUUGUUUAUGACAACCUCCUGAUUGGGCACCCGAGCAGUAUCCCAGCCCUCACACAGAUGGAAUGAUUUAUGUGGAGCAUGUCUAUAUGGUACCUCCUUGUACCAAUGUUCAUGUGUUAAAUAAAUAAAAUUCGAGCAACUGACCUUUGCUUUGUCGUGGUCAUCUUUUAAAUGAGGUAUGACUAUCUCUAUAGUCGGAGGACAUUCUUCUAUGUUGUUUGACAGCAGCUCGUGCAAGAUGGGUUUUGAAUUGUAUUCAGUACCUAAGUAUUAUACACUUAGUCCCAACCGGUCUGUAGUAUGACUUUAAUCUUACACUUCGAAGAAUAAUAUAGAAACUCCAUUAUUCCCUUUUUGUUGUAUUGAACGGAAAUGCAUUUAAAGUUCAUAAGAUAACGUAACGAAAAAAUUUUGAAAGUUAAACUUGCAUUCACGUUAAAUCGAUAUCGGUUUACUUCAUAAGUUGUAUUCCCGAGAAGAACAUAGUCUUGUACAGUUGUUUGUCGGUCUAAGCUGAUACACUUUGUACAGUAUUUUAUUAGCUGAGUACACAUUGAUGUAUUGAGCCUUAUUACAUAUUUUUAGAAUGGUUAUUUGUGUUACCUAGCUUUCCAAAGUGAAAUAGUUGAUGCAGGGUUCAAAUCUUCCACUCUGGUGGUCGAAAGUCCAGUCCACUAGCGUAUUACGGUUACUGCUAACCAAACUACUGCAACUAAUUUUUUCCAAUGUGUUACACAAACAUUCAGUGGCUUCUUGUUCAGAACUACGAUAAAUUAGGGAUAUUCCUAUUCUCCUAUUUCAGCUGAGAUCGUAGUAGUCCACACGAUUCAUUUACAUAUAUCGCCGGCCUCACAGCUCAUGUAGUCAGGCAUUUUCACAUUAUUGAUUGCAAUCCAUUAGUUGUUCAAAGCGUUAAAUCCAUUCUCUAUCGUUGCGGUGGCCUCAAUUUUUCUCUAAGCCGACUCUGCCACCUAGGUUACUUCACUUUUCUAUAGAUUACUAGCGUCAUUGUAGCAGAUUUUCAGUUCUGUUUAACAUCUCUGGUACGUUUACAGUGACCUGAAAAUGAUACGAUUUUGAAUAGUGUUUACAUGAAGACCCUUGGGAGUAAGAUUUUCUUAUUGCACCAUCGCAUUUCGCUUUAAAUUUCAGUCACUUCUUCAUAUGCAACAUAAAAGCUGACAUUUACAUCAGUUCAAGUUGCUAGCUGUUCAACUUGGUUUUAUUCUCGUCCAGCUAAUGACUGUUAAUCAAUGUAAUAAGUCAUUAGGUUCAGUUUCGUUAGCUGUCGCUCGAUCACAUCAUAUUCUACAUUACUAAUAAAUCAGGGUUUUUUCAUUUUAUCAUCUAAGUUAUGCUCUUGAUCAUCAAUAAUUUAAUGAUUUUUAGAUUAUUAUUGGAACUCUUAUUGAUUUUCUGAUUAGAUCCAACGUUAAACAAUACUGUUGAGAUAUGUAUAUGAACUUAAUGUGUUUCUGUUUCUGAAUAGUUUUUCCCUUUACAAAUGUUUAUUUAGAUUUAGAACACUUACCACCUCAUUUGCGACAAGAAUUUGAAAUUAUGCGUGAUCUUGAUCAGAAAGUCCAGGAUAUCAUUCGUCAAACACAACAACGCACAACCUAUCUUUUUGAACAUGCAUAUGAAAUGUCUAAAGAAGAGCGCAAAGCACAAAUUGAACAAAUACAAAGUUUAUUUAAGAAAGGCAAAGAAAUUAGUAACGAUAAGGUGUCAAGAGCUGAAAGUGCUUAUGAACUAGUUGACAAACAAAUACGUCGACUAGAUGCAGAUAUGUUUGAAUUCAAAAAGGCAUUAGCUGAAAAGGAGUCUAAGAAAGUGAAAAAGUCUCGAACAAAACAAGAACAAGAGCCGGUUGUUUCUCCUAAAAUCCCAGCUACUGCUGCAUUGGCAUUGGCAUUGACGAAUAAUCCUAGAGAAGUAUUAGACAUGCCAGUUGAUCCAAAUGAACCUACCUACUGUAUAUGUCAACAAGUAUCAUAUGGCGAAAUGGUUGCGUGCGAUAAUCGUGACUGUGCAAUUGAAUGGUUCCAUUUUGAGUGUGUUGGUUUGGUGAGCAAACCACGUGGACAAUGGUAUUGUCCACAGUGUAUAGCUCAAGGAUUUCCUUCGAAAAAAGAUGACUAGUAAAAUCAUUGUAGACCACUUUAAUUGUUUGACUCUUUUGUUCUUGCACUUUACUAUGCUUGUUGUAUCUCAUCAACAAAAUCUACCUCUUUUGUUUCUUUUCACACUAUGUAAUCUGCACGCUGUAAAUAGAUGAAUAUUCUAGUAUUCCAUUUUUCCUCCUGUAUAUAGAUAUACUUGUUA